CGUGAAAAUGAGUAACAACAGGAAGCUACAGCCUCAAACAAAACGCUUUAUUCCGAAUAAACUGGAUUUAUAAUACAGACAUUACUCAUUAGAACCAGCGGAUGAUGUUCUCCGUACAUUAAAUAUGGUCUGAGUCCACUGGAAGUAACCAGCGUUGAGAAGACACCGCUUGUUAGCAUUAGCUUUAGCAUGUCCGCUGGAGAUGGGACGUUUACACCAAGUUUGUCUGCAGAGGAGCAGAAACUUCUGGCCGGGAGACUCGUCUCGUUUCUCUCUCAAUACACACACCUCCCCGACUCCUACAUCAUUGAGUUCUUCACUGAAGACCUGUGGUCCAGCCUCCCCAGCGGCUGGCAGCACGCCCUGCAGGACCUCACUUAUCCACAGGUCGCUGACCUUUUACUGGACGUGGCACAAGAGAACAGGAGGUAUCCUUCGGUGUGGCCUCUGUCUCUGCUGGCGUUCCGGGCCACGGCUCACGGCCUGGCCUUCCCCAGACGGAGCAGAUCAUCCGGCUCGGUGAAGCCGGAGGAGUUCCUGGAGAACGGGAGUCAGAGUUCACUGCUGGGGCACAUCUUCCGGAAACACGUGAAGCCCAAGAAGCAGCACGAGAUCCGCAGGCUGGGGACGCUGGUCCAGCGGCUCUGUGAGCGCACCGCCUGCCUCCGGGUGGUGGACGUCGGCUCCGGGCAGGGCCAUCUGACGCGCUUCAUGUCGUUCGGACUCGGACUCUCCGUGACCGCCGUGGAGGCCGACCGGGACCUCGUCGCCACGGCGACUAAGUUUGACGAGGAGCUGCUGUGGGCCUUGGAGAAGGAAAACAGGAAGAAGGAGAGCAGCUCGUCUCCCCUGCCGCUGCCUCGGUCCUCGCCGCGCCACGUCAAUGGCUGGGUGAACCCCAAAGCAUCAUGGGAGGCCUUCAUCCAGCAGCUGGGAGGCGGCGACAGUCCGACUCCGUGUGGACCCAGUAAGAAGAGGCCGCGUGGCUCUGAGUGGGCGGAGCCCCGCGGCGUGGCCGGGGCGCCGCCCGACGCCAACUCACCCGAGUCCGUCGGCCCGGUCCAGCGGGGGGAGGGGCCGGACUUCAUCCUGACCGGGCUGCACGCCUGCGGCGACCUCAGCGCCACCCUCCUCCGUCACUUCGUGCACUGCCCUCACGUGCGCGGCAUCACCUCGGUGGCGUGCUGCUACAUGAAGAUCUCCACCCGGGAGAACCCGUCCCCCCCGGGCCUGGUGGACCCCCCGGGGCCCCCGGCCCCCGACUCCGCCCCCUGGCGCUUCGGCUACCCGAUGAGCCGUUUCGUCGGGGCGCUGCCGGGACACCGGCUGUCCUACAAGGCGCGGGAGGGGGCGUGCCACGCCCUGGAGGACUACGUGCGGCGGCUGAGGGGGGGCGGCGAGCUGCUGCGGACCCACUGCUACCGGGCCAUGCUGGAGGCCUUCAUCAGGGACGCCAGGCCGGACCUGCGCCGCGCCGGAAUCCAGACCAUCCGGAAGGCUCACCUACUGCCGUUUACAGAAUACGCCCGCCUGGGUCUGGCCCGGGUGGGCCUGGAUCCAGACCUGCCUCUGGACCCGCAGCGCGUGGCGGCCAUGUUGGAGCGGCAGGGCCGGGUGGUGGUGUACUUCAGCCUGAGCCUGCUGCUGGCCCCCGUGGUGGAGUCCCUGGUUCUGCUGGACCGGAUGAUCUACCUGCAGGAGAGCGGCGUCGACAGUCAGCUGGUUCCCCUCUUCGACCCAGACUUCUCUCCCAGGAACUUCGUCCUGGUGGCCCUGAAGCCUGAUGGAUGAGAGACCAGAGGAGACCAGAUCCCGGCCUCGGAGGACUCUACGGACGUGGUCUUCAGAACUCUUCACGUUUCUGUCAUGCAGGAGCUCAGUUUCCGGAACUUUGGUUUCUCUGAAGAGCUCGUCAUCACCGCAUGGCUUUUAUUUAAUUUAUGAAGUGUGUUACUUUUAAAAGAGAAGAGUGUGUGUUGUGUUGUGUUGUGUUGUGUUGUGUUGUGUUGUGUUGUGUUGUGUUGUGUGUGACUGUGCCUCUGAACAAUAAACCGAACCACUGCUUUUUGU